AAAUCCUCCAUUUCUACAAUAUUCAAAAUCGUUCCUAUAUUUGCAGUUUGAUUGGUACAAUUUCCAAGUUUGAAACGGUUCUGAAAAACAGCCCACCGAUUCUCAUCCUCAUUCAUGGUCUUCACGGUUGAAAUUGCGUAAUAAAUUUCAAAUCCGUUUCUCCGACACCAACCAAAGAAGUGUUCAGUGCUUGAAUUUGGGUGAUGGAUUCCCGUUGGUUCCUCACAUUUUCCCUUUGCUUUCUGUUCGUCUUCACUGCCUUCGCUCGCUUGCCCCAAUCGCUUACGCACAACGAACUAGGCGGAUCUGCACUUCGGUUGAAGGGGAAUUCAUCUCCGCUGAUUUUCGAUCCAACUCGAGUCACUCAGCUCUCCUGGCAACCUAGGGCAUUGUUAUACAAGGGAUUUCUAUCUGAUAAGGAAUGCGAUCACCUAAUCAAUCUGUCAAAGGGAAGGUUAGAGAGGUCGAUGGUAGCAGAUAAUAAGUCCGGUAAGAGAAUUAGUAGUAAAGUCCGGACCAGCUCCGGCACGUUCGUGCUGAAGGGACAGGAUGAAAUAAUUGCUGCCAUUGAAGCCAGAAUUGCGGCAUGGACAUUCCUUCCAAUAGAAAAUGGAGAGCCCAUUCAAAUUCUGCACUAUGAGAAUGGUGAGAAGUAUGAACCGCAUUUUGAUUUUUUUGUGGACGAGGUGAAUAAGGAGUUGGGCGGCCACCGAGUAGCCACAGUUUUGAUGUAUUUAUCCAAUGUUGAGAAGGGUGGAGAGACCGUCUUUCCACAUUCAGAGUUUAAAGAGUCUCAAGAAAAGGAUGAUAGCUGGUCUGAUUGUGCUCGAAUGGGUUAUGCAGUUAAACCGGAGAAGGGUGAUGCAUUGCUGUUCUUCAGCCUCAAUGUGGAUGGAACCACAAAUCCGAGAAGCAUGCACGGUAGCUGCCCUGUGAUUGAGGGUGAGAAAUGGAGUGCAACCAAAUGGAUUCACGUCAGAUCCUUCGAUAACCCAAUUCUCCCAAACAAGGGCUGCAUGGACUUCAACCAAAAUUGCCCUUUGUGGGCCGAAAACGGUGAGUGCAAAAACAACCCCAGGUACAUGCUGGGCUCUGAAACUUCUUCAGGAUACUGUAGGAAGAGUUGCCAAGCCUGCUAAACUACAAACUACAACAACCCAGUCUCCUUUCUGUGAUGGUUAUCAUGUAUAUAACAUUGGGCACUAACUAGAUAUACCUUUGCUUCU